CACAUCGCCAUCAGCCACCGAUGGAGAGGUUCGAUAGAAGACGGUCGCUCGUUCUGGAGCACAUGUUUAGAUUCAGAUCAUGCCCUAGUGCGAGCGCGUAUUUGUUUGAGGCUUACUGGACAUAGGAAAGACACCGUAAAGAAGCCUCUUAGGGUUCUACUUCAUGAUAGAAUAACUAAGAAUGUAUUUCAGGAACAAAUAGAAAGACAGGCGACCAUGUAGUAAAUGAUGCCCACCAUCGGGCAGCUUGGAAUGAUAUCAAAGAAGCUGUGAAAACAGCAGUGAUACCUGCUAGUAAGGUAAACCAUAUGACCAGGAAGAAGCCGAGGAUCUCAGUAGCAUCCACCGAACUUAUAGACGCUCGUAAACUCAUCUCAGCUGGCUCUGAACAUGAUGAAGAGCGAAGUCAGCUUACGCGCAGGCUGAUGAAAAGCCUACGAAACGACCGUGAACAAUGGUGGGCGGCGAAAGCGGGAGAGGUGGAAAAGGCAGCGGCGAUAGGCAACAGUAGACGACUUUUCCGACUUAUCAAGGAAACUGGUAUUAGGAAUCGUAGUGUAAGUGAGACUAUCUCGGAAAAGGAUGGGACUAUUAUUUAUUCUCAAUCCAGGAGACUGGAUCAAUGAGCAGAACACUUAAGCGAUCAGUUCGACUGGCCUUCAGCCACACUUCGUUUACCCACAAUCUCCAG